AAAAUAAAAGCAGGAGCUACUAGGCCAAUAAUCAUUGCUCAAAUCAAAUAUUGGAUAUAAUAAAGUCAAGAAACUAAUUUGCCCACAUAUUUUUUUAGCCCAAAGAUCCCUUCUUUAUUUGCAUCUGCCAGCUUUGGAUUCGACAGCCAACAGCGUUUGUUACUCAGAUUCUUAAGAUGCACAGGGUGUAGAGGCUCGAGAGCCAUCAUCUUCAAAAUCGUUUUAUUGAUUGGGUAGCACAGAAAUUUCGGAAACUGUGGUAUUAGUAUAAAGUCAGUUUCGUCCGUUCAAUUUAUGGACAAAAAUCAACAUGCGGCCUGCAUUAUAUAUGCCAAGAUCUAGUGAAGCACAGCACAAUAGCAUGGGUGUCUCUGGAACUACGCCAACGUCUUUACCCAGUUUGCCCAAAUUGGAGGAGAGAUUUCCCAAAUUGCCAGAUUCUCUUCAUGUUAUCUCGGAGAAGGAGCUAACUGCAAGCUUCAUUUCUCCACGGGCAAUUUCAUCGACAUCUAAGAGUGGAACAGUUGGGCACCUAUUGUCGUCCACUUCUGGACCCCACAGAGAUUUUCACUUUUUACCUUCCUCUCCUCAAGAAACUCGGCCACGUUACUAUCCAUUUAUCUCAAGUGGGGCUUCUAUGUCAACCAGCCAAGCUUCACGCUCAAGUUUACAUUCUACCUCGUUGAAUACCAACCCCUUGGGGAACCACAAACAGAAUUCAUUUCAUGAGUUUCUUGCUUUUCCUCCAAAUGUUCCUGUUCAAAAUGGCCAAGUGGAAAGCCUUGCCAGCGUCAUGGCAUCCGAUGAUGGUGUUAAGAGAUCUGAUUGGCAAGACUGGGCUGAUCAGCUAAUUAACGAUGAUGACACUCUCGGUUCAAGCUGGAGUGAUAUCCUAUUAGAUGUCAAUUUUCCAGAUCCAGAACCUAAGCUGUCUGAGAUCCCUGCAAAACAGCCGCAACUUCCUCCUCCUGCUCCUGCUUCAUCGGGGCAAAGCUGCCCAGUUGGUAGCCCAUCAUCUUCCACAUCUAAGCCUCGAAUGAGGUGGACGCCAGAGCUUCACGAAGUCUUUGUAGAAGCUGUCAAUAAGCUUGGUGGCAGCGAAAAAGCUACUCCGAAGGGUGUCUUGAAGCUCAUGAACGUGGAAAGCUUAACCAUCUAUCAUGUUAAAAGCCACUUGCAGAAAUAUAGGACUGCCAGAUACAAACCAGAUCCCUCUGAAGGAAUUUCAGAAAAGAAGCCAACUAUCGUCACGGAGAUGCCAUCUCUGGACUUAAAAACGACUAUGGGAAUAACAGAAGCAUUGAAAAUGCAGAUGGAAGUGCAGAAGCAGCUUCAUGAACAACUUGAGAUCCAAAGAAAGUUACAACUGCGGAUUGAAGAACAGGGGAAAUACCUUCAAAUGAUGUUUGAGAAGACGAAAAACAUGGGGAAAGAACUAAAUGUGUCAUCAUCAAAAUCAGAUGAACCUCCUUCACCAUCCACAGAACUAAAACAUUCCCCUCCUGAUGAUAAAUCAGAUGCCUCCGAGCAGGAUCAUGUCAGCAUUGGACAUGGUUCAGGUGAUGCUUCAAGAUCUCUGGAGGAUCUUUCCAAGAACAAUGAACGAAAGUUGCCCAAAAGGAAAGCUUGUGAGAAUCAUGGCUUGGACGUUAGAGACUUAAGUUCCCUUACAACAGAAGGUGCAAAAUCGGAGGAAAUGUUACCUUCAUGAGCCUUGACAGACUCUUGUAAUUGUAGCUUUGUAGCAAGGAUAGCUGUAAUGUGAAUUGUGGUGUCAAUGUUGUUGACAGACUUGUAAAAAAAAGAUUUCUGGAUUAUAAUCCAAUCAGUCUUUCUACCUC